AUGAAGUAUAUCACCUCCGCCCUCGUCUUCGCUACCGCUGUUGCUGGCCACGGCUACGUCAACAACGCCACUAUUGGUGGCAAGGAGUACACCUUCUACCAGCCUUACCAGGACCCUUACAUGAGCCCUAAGCCUGAGCGUAUUUCUCGUGAGAUUCAGGGUAAUGGGCCAAUCGAGGAUGUCGCCAUCUCUGAUAUUCAGUGCGGUGGUUACGCCGCUGGUGGCAUCAAUGGAUCCAAGCCCGCUGCUCUACACGCGGAUGCGGCUGCUGGCUCUGAUGUCAACCUUUACUGGACACUUUGGCCUGAAAGCCACAUGGGUCCUACAAUCACCUACAUGGCCAAGUGCCCAGACACUGGUUGCAAUGACUGGAUGCCAGAGUCUUCCGCUGUUUGGUUCAAGGUCCAAGAAGAGGGUCGUCAAGGAACCUCUGACGUCUGGGCUUCCGAUGCUCUUCAGGUGGCUGGCGGCUUCGUCACUUACACCAUCCCCAAGUGUAUACCCAGUGGCUAUUACCUCGUCCGCCACGAGAUCCUCGCGCUGCACGCCGCGUACCAAUACCCCGGCGCCCAGUUCUACCCUGGCUGCCAUCAACUGAAGGUCUCGGGCGGUGGAAACACUACACCAAGUGGCCUCGUUGGUUUCCCUGGCGCAUACAAGCCCACGGAUCCUGGCGUUGUGUAUGAUGCUUACAAGCCCUCGGAGUACAUUAUCCCUGGUCCCAAGAAGUUCACCUGUUAA